GCUUGCUAACGUCGUAUAACAGUCGGUGUCGAUGUUCCUGGUGAAACAAGUGACUGACUCAAGAUGAGUCUCGACUCACUCUUCCAACAAAUCCUUCUCACCGAACAACAGUUAACUGAGCAGACACAACGAUUCAAAGAAGUCAAAGUUGCCAUCAUCAGAUGCAACGAGAAAAUCCAGGGCACCACCGAAAAGUAUGAAAAGACCAUCGAGGAACUGGACGAAAAGGCUCAGCAGUCGUCCGUAAUGAGGCUGCAGCGAGAUCUGAUGAAGAAACGUGAAGAGCAGAUGUUGAAGCAAAUCGAGGAGCUGCUCUGCCAGAGGAGUCGUCUCAGGGAACGUCUGGCCAAGAUAAAGAAGGAGAGUAAAGAAGAAGAGGAGCGCUUCCUUCAAGAGAUCUCGAGGUUCAACAGUGACUUCAGUCUUCGAGGAAACAGAGACGCAGUGUUCCAGAGCCAGACACACACUGAGAUCCUGGACCUGCAGAGGGACGUGGAAUCUUUAUACAAAGAGAUGGAGCUGAUGAGCCGCGGGAACAGUCACAUGAUCCGUUUGCAGGAGGAGCAGCUCGAACUACAGGACCUGGACGACAACCGGAGAGACGUAGAUCGGCAGUUGAGUGCAGCUGAAGCAACGACAGAAUCUCUGAGAGCCGAGAGCCUGCUGGUCGGUCAGAAACCUCUCGCCGACAGCACCUGUCUGAGACAGGAGCGGGAGAAGCAUCAAACCAGAGAGACGGAGGUUCUGCGCGAGACGCUCGGCUCAGAACGCCACUUCCUGCAGUCGAAGCUGGACGGCAGCCGAGGAAGUGAGCAGCGUUAGGUUUGGUGACGACGCGGGAAGGUUUCACUCGACUGUCAAAAAACAAACACGCUCAAAGAAUGAGGAGAGAAAAGAGUAGAGGGAAGACGGGAAGGAGCAAACAGAGCGACAUUCAAAAACUGAGCCUGCUGUAAUAACAUCAAGUUUCGUCUUUGUGAGGAUUGUUUGCUUUUUAAUUUAAACUUUGACAAGUUGUACGAAAAAGCGAAAGUUCCCAGAGUAACUUUAGUCACUAGAUACACUGACACAUUAACACUUAAGUUCCUUGUUACCAGAAAAACUCAAGAAAUACAACUUUAUUAUAGUUAGUUACACUUUUUCAAUCUAAAUAUUAUCGUUUUUCUUUUCUCCUUAAAAUAAACAGUUCAGGUCUUUGAAUUGUUGUGUUAUUGUCAAAUGUCACAAUUUCUUUGCACUAAAUUUACAAAUAAACACAUUCAUAAAGUGUGAA